AUGACCGGCUACUACAAGGUAGAAGGAGACAAUUUGUCUUCAAGUAAACGAGACUAUGAGUGGUCUAAUACAAACACUAGUCCUAGUCAGCAACGACCGAAGCCAACAUUACCCAGCAUAAAUCAACUGAUAAACAGCCCAGCAAGUCUUUCUCUGCGAGAUUCAAAUGACAGCCUGAGAUGGAGUAUGCCACGGACCCCCUACACCACAACGCCAUUGCAAAGUCCUUCUUCGGCUAUAUUCUCAUCCUCCAACGUAAACCUUCCGUCAAUAAGAAAUAAACUUCAGAGUGGGUUCCCAGACCUAUCAGUCGGACAGAUACAGAACCUUCCCAAUUCACAAACCUCAUGUGCUAGUGGUAUUUCUCCUGUUCCUUCCGCAAACAGAGGAGGGCGUUCAGUAUUUCCAAUUUCAGGACCGACUACACCAGAUCAGCAAGUAUCUCAUCAAUUAAGUGAUGAUGGUUAUUAUAGCAAGCCUGUUAGUGAGACAGGAUACUCUGUGUCUAUACAGAAUGACGGUACUAGAGGAUCUGAGGGUCUGCCAUGUCCACCACCGAUGCCCCCAAAAAGCCGGUAUGAGCAGCAACCAUAUCAUAAGCAUCAGCAACACCAAUACCAUCAGCAUCAUCAUGAACAACACCAGCAGCAUCAACAUCAGCAUCAGCAGCAACAGCACAUGGGCCAGAUGAAUCACCACGGGCUAGUCGAGUGUCAACCACCCAUAAUGCAACCGUCCAUGCAGCCGGUCAUCCAACACUCCAUGUUCCAUGGCCCAAGGCAAAUGCAUCAUGGUGAAAGUCAAAACAGCAAUUAUAGUCUAGGGACAAUUCAAUCUCUACCACCUACCUUAUCUGGAUCUACAGGGACCACUUCCGAUAAUGGAAACUCUAAUCACAUCUAUGGCUUGGGAAUCUACCCAGUGAAUCAAGAAGGAGUUGUCUGCAAUGGAAUGGUAGUCAAUACCAUAAGUGGCAACAGUAACGUCAGCAGAGACUAUUACGAUGCCAGGUAUUCGCAAGCACAGAUGCAAUCAUACUCCAGGUACUGUGGAGAUUAUCAAGGCAUGUUGGACAUCACUUCUACUACUUACCAAUUGCAGCCAAUUAUCACGUCAAGUAAGGAUAUUAAACGUCGGACCAAAACGGGGUGUAUUACGUGCCGUAAGCGAAGGAUAAAGUGUGACGAGAGGCACCCAACCUGUCUCAACUGUGAAAAAUCCAAACGAGUUUGCAUCGGUUAUGACCCGGUAUUUCGAAAUCAGGUAGACAAACGUCGUAAAAAGGGAGCUUCAACAUGGACUGGUGAAAGUGGACCAAAAAUAGUCUCGCAUUCAUCGACAACGCAAAACCUGACACCAGUAUCUGAUGGCAUUGGUAAUUCAUUUGAUCUGAGUCAUAGCAACAAUACUACGGGUCCAACAACUAGUGACAGUGAAGAGAGUCCAGGAAGUGGCCAGAGAUCAUCCAGCGUAUCCUACAGCAAUACUCCCAUUACAAUAGCUAGUAAUACUGGUACACCACCGUCGUUUGCCAGUGAUCAGGAGAAAGACCGUUGUCGGAUUAAGAUUGCUAGUCUGUUAGAUGCAGCUGAUGUUAUCGAGUGCCAGAAGAAAAGCCCGGUGUCAGAUGGAGAAUUCAUAUCCAAAAUUGUAGUGGGCAAACCAACAACCAAAGAGCUCGACUCAGGACCUUUCUUUGAGCACAACCCUCCUAGAUGGGAAGAUGUUUGUACCUACUUCACAGAAAAGAUAGCUGUUCACCUGGACAAUCUGUUCAACACCACUCGAUUUUCUGACAUUGCAGCCGGUAGUAUCAAGAAGAGCGGAUCGGAUCUCUCCAACAGACACAGCAGUAAAAUUGGAGGCAGCGAAGACCUGGCAGUGUUGGAGACCAUUCGACAGAUCUUUGCUAUCCUCCAUCCAUCAGCGUACGUUGAAAACCUUGCAUUAGACGAGAAUGCCAAACUCGAGGAAUUGCGCAUUACUAGCAACUACAAACUUCUCCGAUGUGUUCUCCAACUUAUAAAUUCAAACCGAGACACAGAGUUCUUGCCUGUGGCAGUGGAAGAUUACGAGAUAUUCCUCAAAGUGACGAUUCUGCACCAGUUCAUCUACGGAGAGGUGCCAUUGAAACGACCAGCCAACCAAGAUGGAACCCAAAGUCUUGGAUCACCAGUAUCUCCACGAACCGAAGGCGAAGAAAAUAGAGACAACAGCAGCAACAACAGCAUGGCCAAUAAAGCUCAAAGCAUUAUCAAAAUUGACGAGAACAUUAACAGCGAAGAGAUGUGGAAGCUGCUUGAGUACAUUCGCAACGGCGGUUCUAUUGAUGAACAGGACCUUGAAGCCAUGGCGGUCUUGUGCCAGUCUAACAUGAACAACAAAGAGUCGACUUCAGUUGUCGAGGCAGCUCUAGUAGCCAUUCUUCUUGGUCUUCAUUACAGUUCGUCCACCUGCAGCACCAGCAAAAGCGAGUCGAGAAUCCGAAUCCGUCUGCUCGAACUCUCCGGCACUGGCACUUUGAGUCCGUUCCUGAGACGUCUAAUCAACAUGACACUCAGUCUCUAA